GGGGCCUGGGAUAAAGUAUGGAUCCAUAAUAUGCGUUUUCAAAGGAUAUCGCAGUAUUAAAACCACAAGUUGCUAGAGCUGUAUCCGAGGUAAACAGACGGGUUUUUGUUAAAGGAGCAGCUUAAGACGUACAUUUUAGGAGGUUCAAAGUUUCAGCACUCCCAAACGGCUCUGGUUUCACCCAUCCUAUUCGUUAGUCAGCUGUGACCAACUGACAUCCCGUGUCCUUGAGCGCGUCCUACUUUUUACUGGUCUGUAGUACUACAGCCUCCGCCUGACUCCCCUCAGUUCCUCUCCCCAUCCUCACCCACCCCCCUUUCUCCCAUCGACCAGGUUGUGCCCGACUGAGUUCAGCCCCUUCGGCUGGAGGCUCGGGUUUAUCUGGAAUCAACGUGAAACUCAUUCAGGAGCCGCACGCCGUAAGGAGAAGUAGCGGUCCGUCACAAAAAGCCGGGGGGGAGAGUCUGCGAAGAGGACGGGAACAGGGUUCAAUUUUUUCACCGUAAAUUGGAGCUGAGGGGAGGACAGGAGCCAUGGCUAUGUUCUCAGCUCUAGGACUAUUUUUACUAUGCCAGCUUUUGACAUCAUCCCUUGCCCAGAGACCUGGACCUCGUGGACCAGUAGGACCUCCAGGCCCCCUAGGACCCGCAGGGACAGAUGGCACAGACGGAAAACCUGGUCCAGCUGGACUUGCUGGAAAGCCUGGGCCUAAAGGUCAACCUGGAAAGCCAGGGACAGCCGGAAGCCCAGGACUGCCUGGUCUGCCUGGAGUUGACGGAUUGACCGGUUCUGAUGGCCUUGCUGGGAUUGAUGGACCUCCUGGACUAUUAGGGGAAGCCGGACCUCCAGGACCAGCCGGACCACCUGGCAGGGGGAGAUCAGGAGCUCCAGGGCUACCAGGAGCUAAUGGACUGCCAGGCGGAGUAGGACCUCAGGGUUCAACAGGACCAGAGGGUCUUCCAGGACUUCCCGGCGCAGAAGGCCUUGAUGGACCCCCAGGUCUUCCAGGGGCACUUCCCGAUGGCAGCGGUGAUCUUUUGUGUCCAGCCAUUUGUCCACAUGGCCCAUCUGGUCCUCCUGGAAUGCCAGGGUUCAAGGGUCACACCGGACACAAAGGAGACAAGGGAGAGCUUGGAAAAGACGGAGAGAAGGGUGACUCAGGUCCCCCUGGUCCUCCAGGUAUUCCAGGCACAGUGGGUCUCCAGGGUCCUAGAGGUCUAAGAGGACUGCAGGGCCCAGUGGGGGCAGUUGGGGACAGGGGAAUGCCUGGCUUCAGGGGCAAACAUGGCCCUCCUGGAAUCAUUGGCAAAACAGGAGAUGCUGGUGAGAGAGGACCACAGGGUUUCAAAGGACCAAAAGGAGAGAUUGGAAAGAUCGGGCCUAAGGGAGGCCCAGGGCCAUCAGGACCCAAGGGGGAGCCCGGCAUUCCUGGCAGAGACGGCAAGGAUGGCACUCAGGGAUUAGAUGGAGAGAAGGGAGAUGCUGGAAGACAUGGAGUGCCCGGUGAGAAAGGGCCCAACGGCCUGCCUGGUUUACAAGGAAGGGCUGGAGGAAAAGGAGCCAAAGGAGGACUUGGUGACUCUGGAGAGAUGGGAGAAGCAGGACCGUCUGGAGAGCCAGGUAUUCCUGGUGACAUUGGAAUUCCAGGAGCGAGGGGAGAGCCUGGACCCAGAGGUGUGGUGGGUGGCCUUGGACCAGUGGGAAAUAUGGGACAUGACGGCACAAAAGGCUACCAGGGAGUCAAGGGAGCCCUUGGAGACCCUGGCCUUCCUGGGCCAACGGGAAUCAGAGGAGGAUUUGGUGAACGGGGUCCUGUUGGAGCAUCUGGCCCUAAAGGAGAUAUGGGUGUGGCCGGAAGUGAUGGUUUGCCAGGAGAAAAUGGCGAGCCUGGUCCAUUUGGCCCUGUUGGACAAAAAGGAGAGUCUGGGAAGCGUGGUGAGCUGGGGCCUAAAGGCGUGUCAGGGCCCCAGGGAGAGAUGGGAGCCAGAGGAGGCCCAGGAAAGACAGGCCUGAUGGGACUGCAAGGAGAGCAGGGCCGGCCCGGCAUCGCUGGAAAGACAGGCGUGCCUGGGAAACUGGCCAGUGAGCAGCUCAUCAGGGAGCUCUGUGGAUCAAUGGUUGAUGAUCAGAUUGCGCAGUUGGCCGCCAACCUGAGGAGGCCCCUUGCUCCAGGAGCAGUUGGCCGCCCUGGCCCAGCUGGCCAAGCAGGAACACCAGGAGAGCUUGGGUCCGUCGGACACCCCGGAGCUCGUGGACCUCCAGGAUACAGAGGCCUUCCCGGAGACCUGGGUGACCCCGGCCCCAGAGGUGCUGUUGGAGAGCAAGGAGACAAGGGAACAAUUGGCAAGGCAAUUGAUGGGCCACCUGGAGACCAAGGAGAGCAGGGUCUGACAGGAGUGCAUGGAAUUGUUAAAGACGGGCGUGAUGGUGCCCCCGGAGAUGCGGGAGAGCCAGGAGAAGCAGGCCGAACGGGCCGCACCGGACACCAGGGCCCGCCUGGGAUCUGCGACACGUCCGCCUGCCAUGGGGCGUCUGUGGCCGGGAAGACCGGCAGUUCCAAGAACCAUUAGGCCUACUCAACCUCACCCCUCCCUCACCCCACCCCAGCCUGGAGACAGCCCAUCCCCACCCUAGGGAGAGGAGAAAGCUGAGUGAGAUCGAGAAGAAAGACAGAGGUCACUUUGAAAUCCUUUUUUUUUAAACCCAAACAGGAACAAUAAAAGAGGAGGUGAGAAAAAUUAUUUUUUAGAAUGUAUUCAAAAAGAGAGGUAGAAGAUCAUGGAAGAGAGAACAUCAUGACUGUUGGGAAGAACAGGCCUGGAAAAGUGAGACUUGAAAUGGAAACUCCAUCUAAGAAGAGGACAUAAAGGUAGCCCAUCACAUCGGCAUGGCGAUAUUUCAUCAACUACGCUCUGAGUGCCAGCACAAGUUUACUCCACACAGAAAAGACAGCUCAACAAAAUGGAGAAGUGGUUACUAACCAUUCCAAAUCCAACACCUUGUAUAUGGAUGUGUAAAAAAAAAACCUGGAAAAAAAAAGAGAUUACUUGUUCCUUUCAUCUUUUUCUGCCCUCUGAAGCGCCUUUAAAGCUUCAUAGCAGUGAUUGUUGGCAGACUAACUCUUCACCAAGGUGCUACAAAAGUAAACACAUGCUUCAAAGGUUUUUUCACUUCAACCAGAAGAGUUUUACCUCAAAGUAUGGGCAAAAACACAGAAAAUGGUUAAACAUAAGAGUGAAAAUUAGCAUACAUACAUCAGUGAGCCCUGCUUUGUGUACGAACAUGAAGAAAUAAGUGUUCAGAUAUUUUGUAUAUUACUGCACCCACCAUAUUUUUCAUCAAGCUAGUUUAGUUUAAUGAAACAAAACUUAUUUGUUUUUUUUUGUCAUUGUUGUUGUUUUUACUUUCUAUGAAACAAAUCCCCCUUGAAAAUGGUUCCAAAAUAAAACAAGGAAGUGUCUCUACAGAUGCUUCAGCGUCUGUAAGUACUGCAAGUCAUUGGCGAAUCGUGGGCUUUUUCACUUUUUUCGGCAAUUUUCACCAUCUCCACUAUGUACUGGUGCUGUAACUAUUAAAUAUACAUGAUUUUAAAUACUAUUUAUUAUUUGUGGGUGACUUGUAUGUACAGUAAGACGCUAUAGCACCAUGUUGUAAGAAAUAUUGAAUAAAGCCACUUUUCAGUAAAA